UUUUUUCUUUUCAUUUAAAAGUAAAACGAUAAUAAUUUGCUUAGAAAAAUACAUUAAAAUGCUAAGCUAAGCAGAUGCAAAAAAAAAACAUUAGUGGCCUUUUUUAUUACACAUUUGGUCACCGCAUUUGCCAUAACCCUCUAACAUUGCUAAAUUAUUUAAUGAUAAACAUUAACCAAAACUAAUAAAUACUUUUUACAUUUAAAAAGUAUAUUUAAUACAUACUUUUUUAGGAAAAAUGCUUAACAUUAUUUUUAUUUAAUUUUUUAUUAAACAAAUACAAUUUUAUUAAAUAAUUACAAUUACAAUUUUAAAAAUAAAUAGCUUUUUUUGGGCCCCACUGUAUUUUUUCCAAAUUUUGUACCAUGUCCUAUUGGCAUUGCUAAGUUAUUUAGUGGCAAAAAUAUAUUAAAAUUAAAAUAUAUUCGAAAAAUGCAAAACAGAUAUUAUAUAUAUAUAUAUAAUUAUUUAGUGACAAACAUCAACCAAAAAUGAAAAUUAAUUUUUUACAAUUACAAUUUAGAAGGAAAAACCCCCGAAAAAUGCAAAACAUAAACAUUUUAAUUGGUCACCCUUUUUAGUAGACUGUAUUUUCCCCACAUUUUGUACUGUGUCCUUCUAGCAUUGCUAAAUUCUUUAAUGACACACAUUAACCAAAAAUAACCCUCUAAAAUCAAGCCUCUUCACUGCUGUCUUAAAUUUAAGCAUGAACGGAGGACUGUACACACUCUUCAACACACUGAACCCUGCUGGUUGUGUACAUGUACAUCUCAUGGAUCCAUGUUUCCGUCCAACACUUGGUGUGAUGUGUGUUGCUCUUUUAUCUGAGCUGCCUCUGUGGCGGGAAAGAUAAGAGGGUUUGGGAAGGCCUUUGAACUGCUGAGCAUCAAUCGCAGAUUUCUCUCCCCUCUAUUUCCUCAUCUGCGGACCUCAAUGUAUUCGACUACCUCAGCCAACCCGAGCAGUGGACGCAAUAAUGAUACCCGACACUUAAAGCAGAAAGUGUUGUGGUCUGUGCAACAUAUAGUGUUUUGCUCUCCCUCUCUCUCUGUGCUGCUUGUUUCUUUGUCUCCUUAUCCAUUUGCAUGCCAACCCUUAUCAAGCUGGGCUGUCCUUUCUUCAGCCUGCAUCCUAAUUAUGCGUCUCAAAGAGAGACCGGCCGGCCCCCUACAUCUGACAAGCGUCUGAGGAAAAAGCUGCAUGUCUGAUGACUAAAUCCCGUUUUCUCGAAAAAGCGCCCAUCACUCAAAGCUCGCGUAUGUUAGGGGAUCCAAGUCUAACAUGCUCGCCGAAGGAAACGAGGAUGCUGCUUUAAGGGGGGUUCAAGCCUUAAUUCGGCGCGUCUGCGUUCCCCACACCCACCUCAAAUCGCAACCGCGUACUGAGCACUUUUCUUAAUAUACUCAUUCAUAUAAACACUUGGACUGUCACAUGAAGGCGGGGCUCCCUGUAACUCCAUAGUGACGUGAUGAGGCUUGUCUUGGUCAAACCUACCAAUGAAACGGGCCUUCUUGACUCCACCGGGGCUGCGCGCAGCGAAAGGGUGCCGGAUCAUUGCAACGCAAAGCGGCACUCCGCCGCAGGUGAGGCGGGGAUGCAGCAUCGCUACUCGGGAGCCGUCCAUCAGCACCACCAUCACCACCACCACCACGCGGAGCACAGGGGUGGCCCUAGACAGACCGCACACCCCUUGCCAAAACAGAGCCAAGAGAACCUGCCCAGCCCUUUCAGUCAGGAAGCACCCGUCAAAAGCCAAGGGAGCAACCCAAGUCUCGCAGACUGUUCCAAACCCUCCCUAAGUCGGCAGCAGAGUGUUGGAGGGGCUGCCAAAACUGCGAAUUGCCAACAAGAGCACUGUUCGUGCAGCUGCGGAUUGCAAGAGCAUCAACAGCUGUUGCAGCAACAGCAGCAUCACAACCCUCCACCUUCCCUCCAGCUACAGGUUCAGCAGCAGCGGCUGCUGAGGAGCAGCCUGCCCAACUGCUGCGUGAGGGGAUCCGCGGAGCUGAGAAGCCAGCAGCCGUCUUUGCUGCAGCAGCAGCAGCAGCACCGUGACAAAGACAGCCUGACAUCAGGCGAGCAGCGGAAUCUAGCGUGGACGCCUGAUAGAUGCCAGGGAGCCAAGAACUCCGUUUCGCCGCGGAGUAAAAGCAGCCCGCUGUCUUCUGACAGUCGCCUGUGGCUCGAGGAGAAUAAACACAGACACGAAGGCUGUAAGGUGAAUGCGGAUGCCAACAGGCUGAGCCAUGCUGGAUCGCGGCCUUCCCUGUCCCACGGCGGCCCACAGUAUCCUCAGAUAGCCAUGAACAGCUGCAAGUACAAUGGGGGCAUAGUCAGACCACUCAGCAGUCUGGGGGCGUCCCGGAGGAACCUAGCAGAGCUGGACUCUGAGACACAGCCUUUGCAGACCCUGCACACUUCCGGGCUGGAGGUGGUGGUCUCCAAAGGGAACGGGGAAGACCCUAGUAAGCAGUCCAGCGAGAACCUUGUGAGGCAAAGACCAUGCAGCGCUCCGCAUAAGAAGAACAAGGACAUUGGCUAUAAGCUCGGGCACCGGAGGGCGCUGUUCGAGAAACGAAAGCGCCUUAGCGACUAUGCCCUGAUUUUUGGAAUGUUUGGGAUUGUUGUCAUGGUGACGGAGACGGAACUCUCCUGGGGAGUUUAUACAAAGGAAUCCUCAUAUUCAUUUGCACUGAAAUGCCUUAUUAGCCUCUCCACUGUAAUUCUGCUCUGUCUGAUCAUUAUGUACCACGCACGAGAGAUUCAGCUCUUCAUGGUUGACAAUGGAGCAGACGACUGGCGGAUAGCCAUGACGUACGAGCGUAUCCUGUUCAUCGUUUUGGAGCUGCUGGUGUGUGCCAUCCACCCCAUUCCAGGUCAGUACGUCUUCACUUGGACCGCCCGCCUGGCCUUCACCUACACCCCGUCUGUGGCGGAUGCAGAUGUGGACAUCAUCCUCUCCAUCCCCAUGUUCCUGCGGCUGUAUCUGAUUGGCCGGGUCAUGCUCCUGCACAGUAAGCUCUUUACGGACGCCUCGUCACGCAGUAUCGGAGCCCUCAAUAAGAUCAACUUUAACACACGCUUUGUCAUGAAGACUUUGAUGACUAUCUGCCCAGGCACAGUCCUGCUGGUUUUCAGCAUAUCAUCAUGGAUCAUUGCUGCCUGGACUGUGCAUGUCUGUGAGAGAUACCAUGAUAAAGUGGAAGUCACCAGUAACUUCUUGGGAGCCAUGUGGCUGAUCUCCAUAACCUUCCUGUCAAUUGGUUAUGGAGACAUGGUGCCUAACACAUACUGUGGGAAGGGAGUGUGUCUCCUAACUGGAAUCAUGGGGGCCGGUUGCACUGCCCUAGUGGUGGCUGUCGUAGCCAGGAAGCUAGAGCUCACCAAGGCUGAAAAGCAUGUCCAUAACUUUAUGAUGGACACUCAACUCUGCAAAAGAGUGAAAAACACGGCUGCUAAUGUACUCAGGGAAACAUGGCUAAUCUACAAACACACAAAGCUUGUGAAGAAGGUUGACCAUGCCAAGGUCCGGAAACAUCAGCGCAAGUUUCUGCAGGCCAUUCACCAACUGCGAAGUGUGAAGAUGGAGCAAAGAAAGCUGAAUGAUCAAGCAAACACGCUGGUGGACUUAGCAAAGACACAGAAUGUGAUGUACGACCUGGUGUCAGAGCUGCAGGAGCGCAGUGAGGAGCUAGAAAAGCGGAUCGGUCACCUAGAGGCAAAACUGGACUCCAUAAACAGCAGUCUGCAGGCUCUGCCUGGCCUGCUCUCACAAGCCAUACAGCAGCAACAGCACCACCUGCUGGACGGGCUGACCCAGCGUGGAUUCACUCUCACGCGACCCUCCUCGCAGACCUCCGAACGCUCCUGGGCGUCAUCCGCACACCGACGGAGAUCACCCUCUACCGCACCACACACGUCCUCCGAUAGCGGCUAGCACGCUCUCACACACUCAAAACCAUACUCUAAACCUACACACACACUCCUACACACCUCUGUCAUCAACUAACACUGCUAAAUAUACUUUUAGUACUAAAACGUUAACAACAAUGACAACUCCAACACACUGGAAUAAAAUGUAAUGAAUUAACACAUCAUGGUAGAGAUAUGGUUUAUGUUUAGCCAUUGUAUGGCUGUUUAAAGUUAGCUUUUUUGUAAAGCCCUUGUAUAGUAUGGACUGGAUUCAGACUGCAGGGGGUGGAAUGGAUUUAUAUAGAGAGAUAUAGUUUGGAAACAGAGAAUUCAAUGGAGCUAAACCCAUAGAAACAAAGAGGAUUGAGAAGGAAGGAAAAAUGCGAGGGAGAGGAAGUCACCAGACAGGCAGUGAUUACAGAUAUAGGCUAUGUUCUGAAUAGCAUACCAGCAUGCUACUUACUCUUACUGCAGUAUAUGUUUGUAUACAGCGGACAGCAUUAAAAUGCCCUACAACAUUUGUUAGAGAACACUGCGUUGAAUAACAUAUCCCACAAUGCAAUGCGUUUGACUUUGCAUUUUCAGCGUUAUUUUUAGCAGUAGUUUUUAGCAUAAAACAUUUUGACGUUAAAACAAGACCAUUUUUACCCAAAAUUGAAUUAGCUCUCAUGUGGACCAAAAGAAAAAAAAAAAAAAUGUAUGUUUUGAAAUGUUUGAAUUUUUUACUUCAUCGGAAUGGUACAAAACUUGGUGACUUUUGUGGCACUUACUAAAUGAAAAAUAAAUGUGGACAUUAUUAGAAAAACGUUAAAUGGAAAAUCAUACUUAUGAUCUUCACCAAGGGAAAUUAAUGGGAAAUGCAAAAAAAUAUGAAUAUACAGAGCUUUUUGGAGGGGUUAUAAGGUUUAAAGUGCCACUAAAACGCUAUUAAUUUGAAAUAAUAUGAAAAUAUUAUUCUUUCUAAUAAUUGCUUUACUUUAUAUACAAAUAAAUGAAUAAUUUAGAGGUGAAUCUUGUCUGAAAUCCCCUCAAAAUGCAAAAUAUUAAGGGAUUAAACAUUUUUCAAAUUCAAUGGAAGAAGUACUGUAUGCAGUAUGUACUGCACAGUAUGAAGUAAGUUCUAAGCUGGUAUUCUAAUCCAUUAAAUAAAGGCUCAUAGAGUUGUUGUUAAAUUGUCCAGCUCACAGAAGCUGAGGAAGGGCCUUUGGAAGACCGGUAUUCAGAUUGAUUAAUCAUUACUAGAUAUAAAAAUGUAGCCAAAUAGUAAGAAAAUACCUAAAAACAAGCAAAAAAGAUUAAAUGUUAUUGUCAAAUGGAUAUUUUUCAGACUAAAAAGUUUUGCUAGUCCAAUUCAACUGAUACAUUUUUCCACAUUACACACUUUCUUUAUAUUACACUGACCACAUUCAUGGUCUAAUAGAAUAAAAUGCGUUCGCUCUAUAGGAAUAAACAAUAUUCAGCACACUUUUUCCACUGGCAGGUGUGAAAGGCUCUUUAGUGUUUUACAGGAGCUGAAUAAUAAUAUAUGGCCAGUCAACACUGAAUAUGAUUCCAACAGAGCUUCCAAAGGUCCUUAAAGCUCGGGCAAUCUGUAAGACAGCCUGGGGAUGUGAUGGGAAGGAAAUACUGUACACCCCUUCGCACGUUUCAAUUCAAAUGACGAUGGAGCUGACCUAUAGGAUGGGUUUCUCUUCAUUUUUCCUUUCUUUUCUUUUCUCUUCUCAUUUUUUACAGAGAUUCCUUUUUUAUUAUUUACCUAGAUUUUUAUAGCUUGUAGAGGAUAUACAAAACGUUACAGCAGAGUGGCAGCAUAGUUGAAAACAUGCAUUCCUUGAUCAAAGACUUCAACAACUUCACCUAAACAAAAUGUAGAAGAGAACAACAGGAGAUGAACCCCACACUUGGAUAUCAUUACCACUUACAUGAAUUAACCAAUUUGGUUCCCAGUUCUAGGUUUAGAACGAAAGCAUCAAGAUGUGACUGUCAUUACGGGUUUGAAAAACAGCAAACUGCCUUUACUGUGUGUCUUUGGCCUUGUUGACCAAGCUGUAGCGGAUUUACAUAAUGCUGGGCUCCAAUAUAAAGAAAUAAAUGAACAAAUCCACUACCUGGUCACAUUGCAU